ACACUGAUGACGUUUAGGGGAAUCACCCGAGAAGAAACUUGAGCUUCACUGGUCCCAAAGAAUUUGAAAGUCCCGUUUUCGUUGUAAAUCAACAAAUUUACUCCUAAAACAAUGGAUGAUGUUAAAAUUAUAUCUGUAAAUGGACUAAAAGAAUCUAAUUUCAUUCGUCCUAGACGACUAAAAUACACCCAGGCAGGAAAAGACAAGAUUUGGGAUUAUAUGAUUGUACAUGACAGUGUUGCGAUUUUAAUCUUUGAUGUAUCAAUCAAGAGUGUGGUUCUUGUCCGACAGUUUCGUCCAGCUGUGUACAUGACCAUGUGUCACUAUGCUGAGAAAACAAAUGAUCAACCUGAGCCCAAGCCAUCAGAUGGGAUAACAUAUGAGUUAUGUGCUGGUAUAAUGGAUAGGAAGGAACCACCACAAGCCAUUGCUGCAAGUGAAGUGUUGGAGGAGACUGGUUAUGAGAUAGAAGCUGAUAAGCUACAGUUAAUAUCAGAGUACAGGAAUGGAGUGGGAACAUCUGGAAGCUUGCAGUUUUUAUAUUAUGCACAAGUGGAUAACUCUAUGAAGGUCAGUGAAGGUGGUGGCUGUGAUGAGGAAGGGGAAAUGAUUGACUUGUACAAUCUACCAUUGAAAGAUAUCAAGUCAUUUAUUGAAGACACCACUGUUACCAAUAGACCUGUUGGGGUUCUGUUUGCCCUGCAGUGGUUUCUAAAUAACAAGGCAGAAAAUUUUGAACAAGUUGAUUGAGAUUAAAUUAUAUAUUUUAGAGAUAGUGUUGUAGUAUAUGACAGUGUAGCAAGAACCAAUGUAAACUUGAUUUAAAUGAGUAUUUUUUGUUUAUUGCAUAGUUCUAAAUACUUUAAAAAAUUAAGUUAAAUUGAAUUAACUUUAAUUUGAACCCGUGCUAUGUAAGCAGCCGGCUACACAUUUUGAUUUCAAAAUGUUAGUUGUUACUGAUAUAUUAAUUAAUUUGAGAUUAUAUAUAAAAUUUGCAUUUCUUAUAUUCAUUCCGCGUGAAUCGUGGUAAUUUAUUUAUAAUGCUAAUUGAGUUAUUUUUACGUACACUAACAGUUUCUUUGUAUUCCUGUAGCAUAUUUUAUACAAUUGUAGGUGAUAUUAGAUAACUCUGUAUUUAAUAUUGAAUGGUGGAUUAAACAUUAUAUGCAAUGUA